CCCUUCACCGUCCCUCUCGCCCAUCGUAACCCCCUCCACGCGUUUCCCUCCUCGGUUCCGAUCGCCUCCGCGGCCGAUCCCUGCGAUCCCCAUCCGACGGCCCUCAGAUCCCGCUCCGCUGCCACUGCUGCCGACGACGACCGCCUUUUCGCGUCCGGUCUGACUCGGAUUCCCUGGUGGCUGGGAUGGACAGCUUGAGGAGAGGCGGAUCCGCGAGGCUUUGCUGUUGAGGGGAGGAACGAGACAAGAUGCCUGGUCUGUUGACGAGGAGCGCGCAACUCGGCAGUGCCCCGGCGCCCGCCCGAUCGGCGUCGCCCGAUGGCAUCUGGUCCAAGCACCGCGAUAGCAUCACCUUCGAUCGGCUACAGAAGUUCUGGAGCGAGCUACCCCUUCACACACGAAAGGAGCUCCUGAGACUAGAUAAACAGACACUGUUUGAACAAGCUAGAAGGAACCUCUACUGUUCCAGGUGCAACGGAUUGCUUCUGGAAGGCUUCUCACAGAUUAUCACCUAUGGAAAGUCAUUGCAGCAGGAAGGUGCCAGUUUUCGAUAUUUUGGUAGUGAAGGAACUUGCCAAUCUCAGUACAGAAAUGAUCAUGAGGUGCAGGAUCCAUCAUUGCAUCCUUGGGGAGGCCUGACAGCGACUAAGAAUGGUGUUCUGACAGUUCUCGACUGCUUCAUAUGUGCAAGGUCACUGAAGACACUCCAGAAUGUGUUUGAUAGUGCUCGAGCUAGGGAACAUGAGCGUGAAUUGCUUUACCCUGACGCGUGCGGUGGUGAAGGCAGGGGUUGGAUUAGCCAAGGGAUGGCUAAUUAUGGUAGAGGGCAUGGAACCCGAGAAACCUGUGCUUUGCAUACUGCAAGGCUUUCAUGUGAUACACUUGUGGAUUUUUGGUCUGCCCUGGGCGAGGAAACUAGAUCAUCCCUCCUGCGUAUGAAGGAAGAAGAUUUCAUUGAGAGGCUUAUGUACAGGUUUGACAGCAAGAGGUUUUGCAGAGAUUGCAGAAGAAAUGUCGUUCGUGAAUUCAAGGAGUUGAAAGAAUUGAAGCGCAUGCGGAAGCAACCUCGCUGCACUAAGUGGUUUUGUGUUGCAGAUUCAGCUUUCCAAUAUGAGGUAUCAGAGGAUACUGUUCAAGCUGACUGGCACCAGUCUUUUACUGAUACAGUUGGAACUUAUCACCAUUUUGAAUGGGCAAUUGGAACUGGUGAAGGACAAACAGAUAUAUUGGAAUUUGAAGAUGUAGGCAUGAACGGAAGGGUCCAAGUGACUGGACUUGAUCUGGGUGGUUUAGGUGCAUGCUUUAUUACAUUAAGAGCUUGGAAACUCGAUGGUCGUUGCACUGAACUCUGUGUAAAAGCUCAUGCACUCAAGGGACAACAUUGUGUCCAUCGCAGGCUUAUAGUAGGUGAUGGUUUUGUGACAAUAACAGUGGGGGAAAGUAUUAGAAGGUUUUUUGAACAUGCUGAGGAAGCUGAGGAAGAAGAGGAUGAUGAUGUAAUGGAUAAAGAUGGAGAUGAACUUGAUGGCGGUGGUUCCCGGUCACAGAAGCAUGCUAAGAGUCCUGAACUUGCUAGGGAGUUUCUUCUAGAUGCUGCAACUGUAAUUUUCAAAGAACAGGUGGAAAAGGCUUUCAGAGAAGGUACAGCACGGCAAAAUGCACACUGUAUAUUUGUUUGUCUUGCGCUAAAAUUGCUGGAAGAACGGAUUCAUGUUGCUUGUAAAGAAAUUAUUACAUUAGAAAAGCAGACUAGACUUCUUGAGGAAGAGGAAAAAGAGAAAAACAAAGAAGAAGAGCGUAAGGAGAGGAGGAGGACAAAAGAACGGGAAAAGAAGCUUAGAAGAAAAGAGAGGCUAAAAGAGAAAGGGAAGGAAAGGAAGCUUAUUGAAUCAAAGUCACUUUGUGAUGUUUUUCCUGCAACUACAAAUGGAUCAUCCUCAAGUACUCAUGGUGAAUCAAUUAACAUUCCUGAUUCUGGAGAUUUUGUUAGUGAACCAAGAGAUAUUUCUCUGCUUGAAUGCCCUGUUUCUCCUGAUAUUGCUGAUGAACUAUCCUCAUGUGGAAGUAUUUACAUGACUGAUGCUCUACCACAGCAAACCGAUGUUGAUGAAAAAUUUUAUAACAGGAAUGCAUCCGAGUGUUCAAAAUCAUUGAACCGGAAAUUGAGACCUAGGAAAGAUUAUCUUUUUGAUCAGGCAUCCAACUGGUAUGAUAGACGUCGAUGUUAUAUUAGUGAUGAGUGUGUCAAUCAACAAGAGGAGGCUGAUACCAGGGUAUGUUCUUCUAGGGGCAUAAAUGGCUUGCGCAGGCCACCAAGAGAAAGGUUUGUGAAGAAUAAUCAUCGAAAAUGCAAUCUCAAAUUUCACUGUUCACAUUCUAGAGUUCGAGAUAAAUUUGACCUUCAGUCUUGUAGAUGUCAACAAGAUGAUUACAGCGAAAAGGAUGGGUAUCACAUUUCUAUGAUUAGAUUGGGUAGGGAGAUCAAGACUGUCAGUAAAACAGAACGUGCGAUGGAUUUGCCUAGGUGUUCCUAUCGGAAUGCCAAAUACGGUAAUGGCUGUUACUUGCCUGAUAAUCUUGGCAGUAUGAAAACAAAGCAUGUUGUUGAUACUGCAAGCAAAGAGAUUCUCCAUACAAAGCAGAUUUGGGAGCCACUGGCUGCACGGAAAAAGUGCUCUACAGGCAAUCCUGAUUCUAAGAACACCUUGAGAACUGUUAGUGGGGUUGAACCCUUGAAGGAGAUUGUGUUUGACAAAGGUGAAAAUGGACAUCAUCAACCUAUUGGAUUUGAGUCAUUUGAUAAUAUGUGCUCAUCCGAGUGUUCAGGCAAAGUUGACACUUCGAUUAGUUGUCAGUAUCAUGAAGAUCAUGAUAAUUCAGACAAGUUUGGUUCUAAUAUUAACACUGCUUUUCAGAAUGGAUUUGGCCUUGUAAAAAGGACAGAAUAUCAUUCAAACAAUAAUAUAGAAGAAAAACAGAGCCCCAUUAAAAUCAGUUGUUCUGAGCCAGUAAGGAGCUCUUCUAGUUCGGAUAAUUGCUUCUCUUGUCCUAGUGAGGGGGAUGGCAGCACCAGCUCUUCAAGUCCUCAAAAUGCAGAAUCAUCCUUGACUUCAGAUUCAGAAGAUGCUUGCCAACAAUCUUGUGGCGGAGAUGCAUCAAUAUAUAAUAGUGAUUCCUUCCAUAGAUAUCUAGAUGAAUCUCCAGAUGACAAGAUUAUGACAAAUGGAGAUGGUUCUUUGGCAAAUAGUUCUGCUGGAUUUCCAGCUGAGAACCAUGUAGAAUGUGAUUUUUCAGGAGAGAACUCAAGUUCUGGCCAAGACUCAAAUAAUGGACGAUUUGGUUUUGUUGUGGCUCCUCCACUGAAUCAUAUGCUUCCAGUGCCAAACCAUAGUAUACAUGUUCCAUUUAUUCCCUCACCAACUGUGAGCUACCAUACCAGAAAUGUAGGUUUGUGGUCAGCUCCUCCUUGUAAUGGAUUCGUGCCACUUCCUCAGGCAAAUCACUGUUUGCUCCAAAGUCAUCUUAGCUAUGGUCUGCCGGCAAAUAGACCAUCAGAUUUCAGCAUGCAUUGCAAUAAUGUACAACCAUUGACUGUUCCUGUUUUUGACCGAAGCAAGCAAUUCUUGUACCAGACAACUGACAGAAUGAAUGUUGGAAACUCAAAAUUCCAAAACAAGCUUUCCAACUCCUGUAGGUUUCAGCAGUUGCACACUUCAGUUGAACCAAUAGGUAGUCAGUGUUUUCCUGGAAGGUCAUUUUCAGAUAGACAGCUCCCAUCAAAACCAUCUGCAGGGAAAAAUAACAAUGCUGAACAUUGUGUUAAAUCACAUAAUGAGAGUCCAUCCUUCUCUUUAUUUCACUUUGGUGGUCCAAUGGCUGGAACUACUGCUGGAUUUAAUGUUAAACUACCGUCUUUGAAAGAUGGAGGUAUGGAAGGAUUUAUUUCCAACUUAAGUACAGCUCAGGGUCAGGUUUGCUCGAAAGAGGAAAUAAAGGUUGAAGAGUACUGCUUAUUUUCUUCUAAAAAUGAUGCAAGAUUUUCUUUCCUUUAAUGCAGUUCAUCCAGCAGGUUGGAAACAACAUUAUCUACCUCAUGAGAAUGUAAGUCCAAAUCCUGCAAGGCUGCAUGCUUGUGCCAUUUAUUGUUCCUGGUCUAGCUAAAAACCAGAAGCUUAGAGGAAUGUAACUCAUGAAAUUUUGUCCCAAUUAUAUUAGACUAAUCCAUGUGAAGAAAGAUAGAUACAUGUUCUUGGAUUUCUUAUAAUUCAUCAGUGCCCCAGUGAGAUCCCUUUUAUAAAAAGUGUGAAUCUUGUCCCAGUGUGUGAUGACAGCAAUAAUGAUAUUGGUACUGGGGCUUGAUGAUAAUUUGUAGACAAUUGUACUACUCGGUGUGCC